AUCCAAACUCGCGUCGUCGUCGUCGUCUUGCACCGACACCACAAAGACCCUCUCCGCCGGCGGCACCAUGAAGCGCGUCCGCUCCAAGGGAGGCAUGGAGGUCAAGUGCCCGCGCAACCGCGUCGUCGUGCGCGUCCCGGCGACGACGGCCAACAUGGGCCCCGGCUUCGACGCGCUCGGCAUGGGCAUCGACAUUUGGAACGAGAUCAGCGUCGAGCGCGCCGGGAGCUUCAGCAUCGAGACGGAGGGCGAGGGCGUCGGCGCCAUCCCCGAGGAGGUGGGCCCCAACGGCGAGAGCAAGCACACGGUCAUGGUCGCGCUGAAGCGCGCGUUCGAGUACGCCGGCGAGACGCUCCCGCCCGUGCGCGUCUGCUGCCGGAACCGCGUGCCCGUGUGCAGCGGCUUCGGGUCGUCGUCGGCGGCCAUCGUCGGCGGCCUCGUCGCGGGCCUCGCCCUCGCCGGUACGGAGGUGCGCGCGGGCUACGACCCGAACCAGUCGCAGCUGCCGGAGGAGCUGCUGCAGCUGGCCACGGAGAUGGAGGGCCACCCGGACAACGUGUCGCCGGCGAUCUACGGCGGCAUCCAGCUCUCGGUGCAGCUCUGCGCGAUCGCGACGGCGGAGCCGCGCGAGAACCCGCAGCUGGCGCUGUCGCGGCGCGUGCCGACGCCCGAGGGCAUGCGCCUCGUGGCGUACGUGCCGAGCGAGAAGACGCGCUUCUCGUUCGCGAGCAAGGACAAGACGACGGAGAUGCGCGCGCUGCUGCCGGCGACGAUCCCGCGCGCCGACGCGGUCUUCAACAUCCAGCGCACGGCGCUGCUCAUCGACGCCCUCCACCACGGGGACCUCAGCAUGCUCAAAUACGCCACGGAGGACAUGCUCCACCAGCCGCAGCGCGCGACGAUCUACCCGCACCUCAUCCCGAUGGUCCGCGCGGCCGUCACGGCCGGCGCGCACGGCGCGUUCCUCUCCGGCGCGGGCCCGACGGUGCUCGCCAUCUGCUCCGGCGCGACGGGCGCCGACAUCUUCACCCAGGCCCGCGAGGAGCGCCAGGAGAUGAAGGUCGCCGAGGCCAUGCGCUCGGCGGUCAACGCGUUGCCCGCCAAGGCCGACCAGUGGAAGGACGGCAAGUUCUACAUCUGCUCCCCGUGCAUGCAGGGCGCGCACGUCGUCGCCGCGGACCCGCCCCUCUCCGACACCAUGGCCACCUUCGGCACCCUCGACGGCAUGCUGUGAGGGCCGACUCCGGCCGGCUUCGAGCGGCCCCCGCGGGCCGCGACCAUAACAAGAUACUGUGGG